AUGGGAGGGGCCGUGAGCGCCGGAGAAGACAACGACGAGUUAAUCGAUAACCUGAAGGAGGCUCAGUACAUUCGGUCGGAGCUGGUGGAACAGGCCUUCAGGGCUGUUGACAGGGCCGACUAUUACCUGGAGGAAUUCAAGGAGAACGCCUACAAAGAUUUGGCCUGGAAACAUGGGAACAUCCAUCUGUCUGCCCCCUGCAUUUACUCCGAGGUCAUGGAAGCCUUGGAUCUUCAGCCCGGACUUUCCUUCUUGAACCUAGGCAGCGGCACCGGUUACCUGAGCUCCAUGGUCGGGCUCAUCUUGGGUCCCUUUGGAAUAAACCAUGGCGUAGAACUUCACGCUGACGUUAUAGAAUACGCCAAGCAGAAACUGGACUUCUUCAUCAGAACGAGUGACAGCUUUGACAAGUUUGAAUUCUGUGAGCCUUCCUUUGUCUCUGGAAACUGCUUAGAAAUCUCUCCAGACUCCUCUCAAUACGACCGCGUCUACUGCGGAGCCGGCGUCCAAAGAGAGCACGAAGAUUACAUGAAGAACUUGCUGAAAGUCGGCGGGAUUCUCGUCAUGCCCCUGGAGGAAAAGCUGACCAAGAUUACUCGGACAGGCCUUUCCGCCUGGGAGACCAAGAAAAUCUUGGCUGUUUCUUUUGCUCCUCUAAUCCAACCCAACCAUUCAGAUUCAGGAAAGUCAAGACUGGUUCAUUUGCCCCCUGUGGUGGUUCGCAGCCUGCAGGACCUGGCUCGGAUUGCCAUCCGCAGCACCAUUAAAAAGCUGAUCCACCAAGAAAGAGCCAGCAAGAACGGAAACGGCCUCCGAAACCCGCCGAGGUUUAAACGACGCCGUGUCCGGCACCGCCGCAUGGAAACCAUUGUCUUCUUGGACAAAGAGGUCUUUGCAAGCCGGAUCUCCAACCCGUUGGAGGAUAAUAAUUGUGAGGAAUUGGAGGAAGAUUGCCGGGAAGAGGUGGAGAAAUCUAUUCCGGAACUGAAGCCCGACCCGCCGACAAACACCUUGAGGGAAAAAAUUCUCGGCCUGCCUCUUCCCGACCCGUUGAAAUAUUACCUGCUUUAUUAUAGAGAAAAAUAGGAGCCUGUUGGGAGCAAGAGCUUGUUGGCCAGGGAGGGAGGCAGGACAAUAAAACACUCAGGAGGGCUGACAAAACACAACACCACUUGCUUGCCUUUUAAACACAACCACCCGCCGCGGGGUGAGCUAAACUGGGGAACACAGGCUGCCAGGAAUUUAAAAUGGGA